AAUAAUUAUAAUGUUAAUUCUGAUAUGAGCAGAAAUACUUGUUUUGAAAUUAUUUAUUAUAAUAAUGAAACAAAUAAUGACGAACUGCCAACUAUGAUCAAUAAAUGUUGUAAUAAUUAGUCAAUAUAAUGAUAAAAGUUUUGUGCAUUACUUUUAUUCCUCAAGUUAUCCACUAAAAGUGUAGAAUUAGCGCCAAAUCGUUACAAGAUGACGCUGUUCUACAAAAAUAUUGGUGGUACUUGUAAAUGUAUUCUAAUAUCAUUGCGACAUAAUGAACAUAUUCUUGCUAGAAAAUAUUCUCAAUAUGUUUUUCGUCAACAGAAGUUUGAAGUUUCUUUAACUCAGCAUUCUUUAUCGUUAUUUACUUAUCGUAGUUAUACUACUAAAAACAGUAAUAAUGAAAACAAUACUAUAAACCAAGAAAAAACAGACUCUAAAGAAAAAUUGUUUAGAAAUGUACCAGUUAAAAAAGUUUUAGACAAAGUAAAUCUUGAAAAAGAUUUGGAUAGAGUUCAAAGACCAGUUAAAUCUGUGGAUAGAAAUUAUAUUACUGCUCGUCGUGCCAUGACAGAGUUUUUAUUGAAAUCUACUGAUCUUGAAGGUCUUAAGACCAUUAAAAGACGGUCUCCUUUUGAAGAUGAACCUCCUAUUAAUGUUUAUUGGCGAAAAGAUGUUGUUGCUAAGGCAGCUGAAGUUUGGGGUUCUCAAGAAGGUGUUUUAACUGAACUUAUCAAAAGAGAAAUUGAAAGAAAAAAAUUGCAACAAACAAUGUUUACUAUUAAAGCCCACCGCAGAAAUAAUAGAAGGCAAACUUUAAAUAAAAAUGAUCUCAAAACACAAAAAUCAUCAGGACUUUUUGGACCAUCUGGCCGUGUUGUUUUAACUGCAGUUUUCAUUAAUGGCAUGAAUACGGUGUUUAAAGGAUUAGCAUGGUUGUAUACAGGUAGUCAUAGUAUGUUUUCAGAAUGUGUGCAUUCAAUGGCUGAUACAAUUAAUCAGAUUAUAUUGGCAUUUGGAAUUUAUAAAUCCGUCCAAAUUGCUGAUUCUUAUCAUCCUUAUGGAUAUUCUAACAUGAAGUAUGUUGCAUCAUUAAUAUCAGGUGUAGGUAUAUUUUGUAUUGGAUCUGGUCUUUCUAUUUACCAUGGUGUAACUGGAAUUAUUCAUGCUGAGCCAUUGGAUUCUUUAUUUUGGGCUUAUUUUGUACUUGGUGGUUCGUUCAUAACUGAGGGAGCUACAUUAGCAGUUGCUAUUAAUAAUGUUGUGAAAUGUUCAAGAGAAACUAAUGUUACUUUUUGGCAAUAUGUUUUACGAGGUCAUGAUCCUACAGUUAAUGUUGUUUUACUUGAAGAUUGUGCUGCAGUUUUGUCUAUUGGUGUUGCUGCAGUGUGUAUGUCUUUAACAUCUUAUUUAAAUACUCCUUUACCAGAUGCAAUUGGAUCACUACUUGUUGGUGGCAUAUUAGGAACUGUUGCUUCAUUCAUAAUCUAUACAAAUACAGCUGCAUUAGUAGGUCGUUCAAUAAGUCAAGAAUAUUUAAAUAAAAUAAAUGCAGAGUUGGAGUCUGAUAUUAUGAUAAGAGCUAUACAUGAUGUUAAAGGAAUUGACAUGGGAAAUAGUUUGAUAAGGUAUAAAGCUGAGCUUGAUUUUGAUGGUAGAGAACUAGCUAAACAAUAUCUUGAUCGGCUUGAUCCAGAAGCACUAAUGGCAGAAGUGAAAGCUAUUGAAAAUGCAGAUUGUGCUGAGGCUUUUCUAUUAAAACAUAGUGAAAGUAUCAUUGAUAUGAUAGGUGGUGAAAUUGAUAGAAUAGAAUGGCAACUGCGAUCUAAGUUUCCUGAAAUAAGACACUGUGAUUUAGAAAUACUUUAAGAAUUUUAUUUAGUUUAUGAAUAAGUUUUAAACUUUAAAAUGGUUUUUACUCUGUAAAGUUUUUUUGUUAUUUAUUUACAAAUGUAUUACCAAUUUAUAAAUUAAAGUAUUUUAUUUUAAAAUUAUACAAUUAAUUGUCAAUAUUGUAAUUGUAUUCUUAACAAUAUUUUUAUAGAGCAUUAAUCACAUGUUUCAUAGACUUUUAAAAUCUUCUAGUAAUGGCUUAAAAUGUACUUAUUGUAGCCAGAAUUGUUAUUUUUUUUUUAUAUUAAUAAUAUGUAGAUAAAUUCCUUUAAAUGUGAUUUAAUUAUGCUUGUUUUCAAUGUUUUUAUGUAAGCGCAAAAAUGUUAAGGUAUUAAUUACACCUGUACUUGAGGUUAUUGACAAUAUAACAAUUUGAAUGAAUGCUUAAUUUUUUAUGUUAUUUUGUAUCUAAAUGUAAAACACCAAUACCAAUUAUUAUUUUUUUUAAUUUGCUUAUUAUUAAUUAUUAUAAAAAAAUAUUUUAUGUAGGAAAUUUUUUAGACAGACACAUAUGAAUAACAAAAAUACAAAUACAUACCAUUAUAUUGAUUAAAAUAUUAUUAUAUGUGCACACAAAACAACAAAAUAGUACAUUUUCCAUACGAAUAUUUAUAUAUU